GUUUAUACAUUGAAUCCAACAUUUCGUGCGGAAAAUUCAAAUACACGACAUCAUCUUGCAGAAUUUUAUAUGCUUGAAGCAGAAUCAAUUUAUUUAAAUAAUAUUAAUUCAUUAUGCGAGGAAAUUGAAUUACUCAUUAAAAAAAUAUGCAAUGAAUGUUUGCUAAUUUAUCCUAAACCAGAAUGUCAUCAAUUGAAUGCUUUACAAAAUGAUUUCUUAUUGAUUCGAACAUUUCUUGGAAAUCAAUCUGAACCGAACAGUCAUGAUAAACAUUCACCGAUUGAUUCUGCUCUCCGAAUGCGUGAUAUGUUGGAAUCAAUGUUAAGACAACCUUUUGUUCAUAUUUCAUAUUCUGAAGCUAUUGAAUAUUUGAAAAAAAAAGUGACUACAACUAAUCUAACUACUGCUAAUAAAACACCUCAAGAUUUAAGUAAAACUGAUGAACAUCGUAUUCUGCAUUGGGUUGGUGGAGGUAAUCGUCCAGUCUUUAUUACUCAUUUUCCCAUGGAAUUGAAACCAUUCUAUUGUCAAUCAAUUGAUGGUAUUACAGCUGAAUGUACUGAUUUAUUAUUUCCAGGAAUUGGUGAACUAGUCGGUGCUAGUGUACGGGAAAAUUCCGCAUCUGUUUUACAAACCCGUUUAAACUUGAAUAAUCAUUCUACACAUCAAUCACAAUGGUAUAUCAAUUUACGUAGUACUGGCCAUGUUCCUCAUGGCGGUUUUGGUCUUGGUUUCGAACGUCUUUUACAAUUUAUUCUAGGGAUAGCUAAUAUUCGAAAUACAAUAGCAUUCCCAAGAAAUGCUAAUAAAAUAGUUUUUUAGGAAAAAAUCCUUUUACUUUACAAGCUACCAAUCAAUGACAUUGAUUGAAUGUGAACUAACUAUUACAUACAUACGUAUGAUUUUAUUAUCUUGUUAUUGAUUUCUACUCCUAAACUUGCUGAAAAUGACAAGUUGUGA